GUGAGUGGUGCGCGCUCCCCGGUCAGCUGACGAGCGUCCCGAAGCCUUUAUUAUUGUAGUCGUCCGGCUGCUGCUGGGUCAUUGUGCGACUUGCAGGACGCGGAACGAAGAGAAGUAGGGUCCAGGGUUCCUAGCCGACGGUAACACCGCGUUAGCAGUACUACAGUAAUAGCACGUUAACCGGGCGAAAAUGCGCCUCGCGUGCCUGUUCUCCCUCGUCGUACUCGCGUGCGCCGUCGACGCGCUCGUCAGAAUCCCCCUCCAGAAGUUCCGCUCCAUACGGCACACACUGUCCGAUUCGGGUAGGAGCAUCGAGGAGCUCAUGGCUGGGGAGGGGGCCCUGAAGUACAACCUGGGUUUCCCAUCUAGCAAAGCUCCAACUCCAGAGACUCUGAAGAACUACCUGGAUGCUCAAUACUACGGACAGAUUGGCCUGGGAACUCCGCUCCAGCCCUUCAACGUGGUAUUUGACACCGGCUCUUCGAACCUGUGGGUGCCCUCGGUGCACUGUUCCCUCACAGACAUCGCCUGCUUGCUUCAUCGCAAGUAUAAUUCAGCCAAGUCAAGUACGUAUGUGAAGAACGGGACUGCCUUCGCCAUUCAGUACGGCACGGGUAGCCUGUCUGGGUACCUCAGCCAGGACACAUGCACAAUUGGAGAUAUUGCUGUGACAAAGCAGCUGUUUGGAGAGGCCAUCAAGCAGCCCGGCGUGGCCUUCAUUGCCGCCAAAUUCGACGGCAUCCUGGGAAUGGCCUACCCCCGCAUCGCCGUGGAUGGGGUGCCGCCCGUUUUCGACAACAUCAUGAGCCAGAAAAAGGUGGAAAAAAAAGUCUUCUCAUUUUACCUGAACAGAAACCCAAACACACAACCUGGAGGGGAGCUGCUGCUGGGAGGUACAGACCCCAAGUACUACACCGGAGACUUCCAUUACAUGAACAUCACCAGGCAGGCCUACUGGCAGAUCCAUGUGGAUGGGUUGAGUGUAGGGAGCCAGCUGAGUCUGUGCAAGGGAGGUUGUGAGGCCAUCGUGGACACGGGCACCUCCCUCAUCACUGGACCAGCUGCUGAGGUCAGGGCCCUGCAGAAGGCCAUCGGAGCACUCCCCCUCAUCCAGGGACAGUACAUGGUGGAGUGCAACAAGGUACCCACUCUGCCCCCCGUGUCCUUCACUCUGGGUGGCAAGACUUUCACUCUGACAGGGGAGCAGUAUAUUCUCAAGGAGCAACAGGGCGGAACAACUAUCUGCCUGAGCGGAUUCAUGGGUCUGGACAUCCCACCACCUGCUGGGCCCCUAUGGAUUCUGGGAGAUGUGUUCAUUGGGCAGUACUACACAGUGUUUGACCGCGAGAACAACCGCGUGGGCUUUGCCAAGUCCACAUAAGCACUGUGUCAGCAAUACUACGCAUUGGGUCAAGGUGUUGCUACGACAACAGACAAAAUACUUCUGAUGCUGCACACGUGAUAUCCGUUGCUUCAAAAACCUGGUAGCAAUACAGUUUGUGUAGAGUUUGAUGCACUGGGCUUCUGUCAUUUCAGUGUUUUUACUACUUGCAGGGUGAUCAAAAUGAAUGUGAGCAAAUUGAGUGAGUUCAGAUGAAUGAAUUUUAUGCAGUUUAGUAACACUAGUUUAAUCUUUGUUUGCAUGUGGUUUUUCAGUAUCAUUUAUUUUAACAGAUCUGUAAUUGGCAAGUUUAAUUUGCAACUUCAAUCAAAUUUACUUGCACAUUUUAUCUGAGCUGAGAUGACUGAAUGAAAUAAAACACCUUCCACCAA